AUGCCUCCCCGGUCCUCGCGCAAACGUGCACAUUCGGAUUCAAUCGCUCCGUCUGAGCCUCUGUCAAAGAGACGCAAUCCUCGCGAAACCGUGUUUCAGACAUUGGAUGCCGCGACCAAACCGAAGCGCACUCUUUUACAGACUAAAGCAUUCCUGGACCAACAAGAUAAUGAAGAUGACGACGACAGCGAGCUCUCAGAGCCGAACAGCAGCGAAGACGAAUUCGAACCGGUUCCACUCCAUGCCCAUGGCAAACAGAAGGCAGAGUCGCAGGAUGGUAGUGACGGAAGUGACGACGGGAGUGACGGCCAAAGCGACGACAACGUCGACUGGGAGGAUGCCCUUGGCCACCACCCUCACACGAAGCCUGCCCACCAUGACCAUGGCCCUGCACCCGUCAUAACGGGCGACAUCGCCCUCACCCUCAGCGCCGCGCCCACCACAGCCUUCGAGUCCAAGGCAGAUGGGAAGAAAGGCGCAUCCAAGACACAACGCCAAGUACGAACCGUCACCCACUGCAUCCAUGUGCAGUGCCUCAUGUACCACAACCUCGUCCGCAAUGCGUGGGUAGAGGACAAAGAGGUGCAGAAGACGCUGGUCGAAGCCAUGUCGCCUGGUUGCUGGCGCGAACUCGAACGUUACUGGCGGGACGCGGGCAUAACUGAUGGACCGAGCCGGCUCGCCGCGCCUGUGCCCCCAACUUCAAGGCCAGAGAAGAAGGAAGCAAUCCUAGCCAAGGGAAAGUGGCAGGACAGUGGCAAGCCAGGCAUCAAGGUCUACCAAAGCCCCCAAAGUGGUCCUGCCGGUCCCCAGCACGAAAAGAAGCAUAAGGCCACCAAAGAAAACAAAGACAACAACGAAGCCUCCAAGCACGAUAGGAAUGGGCGUGACUGGGGCGCUGCAUCUGAGCCGCUGGAGCCAAAUGCACCCAACUUAUCAGCUGGAGACCCUUUGCUCCGCCUACUCAGAUAUCUGGCAACCUACUGGAAAAAUAAAUUCAACAUCACCGCACCCAGCUUACGCAAACGUGGCUAUCUGUCGCCUGCAACCCUCGCUGCAGAGCUUCGAGCAUGGAAAGAAGAUGCUGCACAUCCUGACACCUUUGGCGAACGUAUUGAAAAUCGCGAAGCAUUUCGCGUUCUCGCACGAACUUGCAAAGGCAGUAGGGAUGUGGGACAGCAGCUGUUCACCGCCCUCGUACGUGGUUUGGGUAUUGAAGCUCGCAUGGUCGUUUCCCUACAACCAGUCGGCUUCGGCUGGAGCCAGAGCGAACAAGGAAAGCCCAAGAAUCUGGACAAACUAAAACAGGUCACCAAAGCUGCGCAGACUAGCACCUCUUCCAAUUCGACGUCGACCAAGGACAGGUCCAUCCAACACCUAGCCCCAAAGCGCAAGGCCUCUUCAUCUGUGAUUCAGUUCAGUGACAGUAGCGAUAUCAGUAGCGUUAUUUCAAUUUCUUCCGACGAGCAAGACCGUCCUGCUAUAAAACCUCUCAAAACGCCCAAGUACAGCGAAGACCUCCCCUAUCCAACCUACUGGACGGAAGCCAUCUCCCAUCUUACCCAUACUCCUAUCUCGGUCUCACCACUCCCUCGCACGGUAAUAGCAAGCGCUGCAGCGCCGGACAAACUGGCAGACUUCUAUGCCCGUGGCGCAGCGGCAGACAGGGCCCACCAGGUGGUUGCCUACCUCGUUGCAUUCUCCUCGGACGGCACAGCCAAGGAUGUUAUGACACGCUACUUACCCAAGCACAUGUGGCCUGGUAGAACUAAAGUCUUUCGCAUGCCAGUAGAGAGGAUACCUAUACACAAUAAGCGCGGUAAAGUCAAGCGAUAUGAAGAGUGGGAUUGGGUCAAGUCGCUCAUGCAACCCUAUGCGCGACUCCACGACAAGCGUCAGCCAUGGGAUGAGGUUGAAGACGAAAGUGAUCUUGUCCCAGCGCAUCCGGAGAAGAAGAAGACAAUGGAUGACGAGGGCGGCAAGGAAACGCUACAAGGCUACAAGACUUCGACCGAGUACGUUCUAGAGAGGCAUCUGCGACGUGAAGAAGCUCUGAAACCGGGUGCCAAGAUUAUCCGAUAUUUCACCACUGGCAAGGGUGAACAUGUCAAGUCUGAACCCGUGUACCGUAGAAUAGACAUUGUGAGCUGCAAGACGGUUGAGUCGUGGCAUAAAGAGGGGCGCGCAAUCCGGCAAGGCGAACAGCCACUUAAGUUUGUAAAGAUGCGAGCUGUGACAGUGGCACGAAAGCGCGAAAUUGAAGAGCGUGAACGAGUAGAAGGAGGAAAGGUCCAACAAGGGUUGUACUCGAAGUCCCAGACCGACUGGAUCAUACCAGAUCCUAUUGUGGAUGGAAAAAUUCCACGCAACGCGUUUGGCAACAUCGAUGUUUACGUUCCCACCAUGGUUCCCAGCGGUGCUGUACAUAUAGCCCUCAAAGGGACGGCGCGUAUAUGUCGAAGACUGAAUAUUGACCACGCAGAAGCAUGUACGGGCUUUGAGUUUGGUAAGCAGCGUGCAGUGCCCGUUAUUACUGGUGUCGUCGUUGCAGAAGAAUACGAAGACAUGAUCAUAGACGCAUGGGAAGUCGCCGAAGCAGAAAAAGUCAAGAAAGAGGCUGAUAAACGCGCUAAAUUGGUCUUGAGUAUGUGGAAGAAGUUUGCGUCAGGUUUGAGGAUUAUUGAGCGGAUGAAGGUCGAGUAUGGCGAGGAUGUCUCUCUACCUGCCAAAAGAGCAUCCGAGCAACCGUCAAGACCAAAGGAUUCUGAAUGGGAAGUUUUCCAUAAGCAAAGAGACUUUGAAGGAGGCUUUCUACGCGGUGAAGAGGAACUCGCCCAUGGCCAUUCACCCCAAGCAAAUACUAAUGAAGCAACGGCUGGUGGAUUCUUUACGGCGAGCCAGGAUGAGCUAGUACAUGGUGAUCUCUCGAUUGACCAUGGAGAACGGGAGGAGGCCGUUCGCCCAACGUUUGCCGAAAGCACAAGUCGUAACCCAAUUUCUCUCACAUUAGCCCUGCAGCAGGCUGCCAGCGAAGAUGAUGAUCACAGCGGCAUGGACAUGAACGAAAGUCGAGACUCGGAAGAUGGAGAAGAAGAAGCUCAGUCCUCAGAGCAAGUCGCGCCGCGAAGCAAAGUCGCUGUCACACGCACUGGAAGAGGUCGACCACGUAAUCGCGAGGCUAAAUCAUCUGCCUCGUCCACCCGCAAACGCACAUCUCUCGUCGCCAAAACCUCGGAUGAGGAAUCUAUACUAUCUGAUGCUUCCUCCGUACCACCGAGCUCACCCGUUUCUACCAGGACUGUGCCCAGGCGCAAGGCCGCGCGCAAAAGCGAAGCUCAAGUUAGGAGCCACUUUUUCGCCGAGGGAAGCAAUGGCGAGACUGAUUUAACUGAUAUGACAGAUCGAGCGUCCCCAAAAAAGGCAAGUGGGACAAGGGUUAGAGGAAGAGAGAGAGGGCGAGGGAGGCAGAGAGUAACAACUAAACUUCUGCUCCAACACUCCAACACAUUAAAGAGCACCACCUAA